AUGAGACGAUCAUCAAGAUCAACUAAAGGUCAACACACCAAGAGAUAUGCAGAUGAUGUCACCUACACCACAGAAGAAGGACCAUCCCUCAAGAAAUCCAAACUAGAUAAUAAUGACGAAGAAGAUGUUGCUUCUGGUAGUGAUGAAGAUUAUAGUAAUGAGGUAGUUAGAUGUAAUCCAUGUGGAACUAAUCAAGAUAAUUAUAAUGAAGAUACUGAUGAAGGUGGGACAUUCAUUCAAUGUGAUGUAUGUAAUUCAUGGCAGCAUGCAAAAUGUAUGGGAUUUGAUGAUGAAGCAUUGCCUGAGAAUUAUGUUUGUGAUGUUUGUCAACAAGAAGGAGAAGUUGUUAAAGAGAAGGUGAAUGGAAAUGAUGAUGGCAUACAAGAGGUAAAGAAGGAUACGAAUGGAAGCGGAAGUAAAAAGAAUGGAAAUGGAAGUAGCAAGUUAAAUACGAAUGGAAAUGGGAAGAAAGAUAGUAAUGAGAAGGUAAAUUCACUUGAAGGAUUAAAAGAUAUUACAAGAAUUAGUACUGCUAAGGCUUUCUUUAAUUUCUUUAAACGUUCUUUGCCAAGCGAUGAUUCAAUUAAAGAAGAAGAUAAAAUUAAACAAGCAACUGAGUGGUCAUUAGAAAUUGAAGAUAUUAUGUUUAGAGAAUUCCCGGGGAAUAAAUUAUAUACAUCAGAAGGAAGAAGAAUUUUAUUUUUAUUAAAGAAAUAUUUUAUGAAAGAUCUUAUAUCAGGUACAAUUAAUUUUGAAGAUAUUGUUAAGAAAUCACCUAAGGAGAUCAAUCAAGAUAUUGAAAGAGUUGAAUUACAAAAUAAACAAAAUAUAAAGAAUAUAAUCUUGACUGAAAAUAAUCCAACUCAUGAAAUUAUAAGAAGAACUCAUAAGGGGGAUAUCAUAAAGGAAAAUGAAAACGAGGAUGAAAUUGAUGAAAUUGAUGCUAGUAUAACUACGAGGAAAGUAGAUCAUCGUAGAUUUUCAGUUGAAGAUGAUACUCAUAAUUCAAGUAAUAAUAACAAUACUUCUUCUAUUCAAUCUAAUGAAUUCUUUAUUAAACCAAAAAUCUUGUCUAGUAGUAUAGAACAAAAUACGUACAAUAAUCUUAAUCCUCGUAUCGAUGAUGAUGACGAUGAUGAUGAUAAUGAUGACGACGACGUGAAUGACAGGUAUGUACUGGACGAUGAUAGCCAACAACAUGUACACCCACCAAUCUCCCCAGAACAAGAACUCAAAAGAAUCCCAGAUUCACCAGCCACCCUGAAAUCAUCCACUAGCGAACUAGAACAUGUCGCUCAUUCCCCCAAAGAAGAAGAAUUAUAUCCAAUUUUAGGCAACAUAUCCCCCACGUUAGAAUUAUCUCAAAUUUGGUCAGGAACGAUUACAUUCCCAUCUUUUGCUGAAUUUAAAGCCAUUGGUAAAUUUUAUAAUUGUACUCAUAGACAAAUGACAAGUAUAGAUGUUUGUAGAGAUAUCCUUAAUCUCCUGAAAUAUAACAUUGAAGGUAGAUUAGAUCGACGGGUUGCUGAUUCUUAUUUAGAUAAAGUAUUACGAUCUAGAGAUUUAUAUUUCAUUGAAAUUGAACCAGCACAACUUGGAGAUAAAGUACAAUAUGAUAGAUUGUAUGAAUAUUUAAGUCAAGAUGGGAAAGUCGGAGUAUUGAGUGGGAAACCAAAGUUUGUUAAGGAUAGUUAUUUAAUGGCUAUUGAUUUUAGAGAUGAUAGAUUGAUGGGAUAUUUAAGACAACAUAAAUUAGAUAUGAGAAUUGGAUUGUUUGCUGUAUUUGUUGUUCAAAGAGGAUAUGGCGUUACUAGUAUUGCUAGUACUAGUAUUACUACUAAUAGUAAUAGUAAUACUAGAGAGUCUAGUAUUAGUGACAAUGGAGAGUCUAGUAUUAGUGAUAAUAGACCAUCAUUUGAAUCAAUUAUGAAUCAAUUAAGAUGA